UCUUUAUUACUCUGCACCAGAUGGCAGACUAGUGUACUGAAAGGCUCCUUUCGAGAGAUUUUCAAAAGCCAAAAACAAUAUUAAUAUUUCCCAAAACCCUCUUUGUUUUUUUAAUCUUCUUCUUCGUUUUAAGCUCUGUAUCUCUGAAAGUAGUUCGUUUCUCUGGUGUGAAAAGAUGGUUGGAACUCCAGUCAAAUGGCUGGUUCUGAUAUCCCUAACGAGCUGCUUGCUUUUCAACGCUGUAGAAUUAUCAGCCAAGAAGACUUACAUAAUCCAAAUGGAUAAAUCAGCCAUGCCGGAGUCGUUCUCAGAUCACUUAGAGUGGUACUCGUCGAAAGUAAAGUCAGUUCUGAUGAAACAGAGUGAUGAUGAAGAGAGGAUAAUCUACAGUUACCAAACGGCUUUCCAUGGAGUUGCGGCUCAGCUAAGUGAAGAAGAAGCUGAGAAGCUGGAACAAGACGACGACGUUUUGGGUGUGUUUCCGGAGACUAAGUACGAACUUCACACGACGAGAAGUCCGAUGUUUCUGGGACUUGAUCCGAGGCAGGACAGGGAUAAUGUCUGGUCGCAGAUGCUGUCCGAUCAUGACGUCGUCGUGGGUGUGCUCGACACCGGAAUCUGGCCGGAGAGCGAGAGUUUUAAUGACACCGGGAUGACUCCGGUGCCGGCUCACUGGAAAGGAGAGUGCGAGACGGGAAGAGGAUUCGCGAAACGACACUGUAAUAGAAAGAUUGUCGGCGCGAGGAUGUUCUACAGAGGAUAUGAAGCGGCGACGGGGAAGAUCAACCCGCAGAGCGAGUACAAGUCGCCGAGGGACCAGGACGGGCACGGGACCCACACGGCGGCCACCGUCGCGGGGUCUCCGGUGAAGGGGGCGAACCUCCUCGGCUAUGCGUACGGCACCGCUAGGGGAAUGGCUCCCGGUGCGAGAAUCGCGGCGUACAAGGUCUGCUGGGUCGGCGGGUGCUUCAGCUCCGAUAUUCUCUCCGCCGUCGACAGAGCCGUCGCCGACGGCGUCAACGUCUUGUCGAUUUCUUUAGGCGGCGGGGUUUCGUCGUAUUACAGAGAUAGUCUCUCCGUGGCGUCGUUUGGGGCUAUGGAGAUGGGCGUUUUCGUGUCGUGCUCGGCUGGGAACGGAGGACCCGACCCGAUCAGCCUCACCAACGUUUCUCCAUGGAUAACCACCGUCGGAGCUAGCACCAUGGAUAGGGAUUUCCCUGCCACGGUUAAGCUCGGAACGGGGAAAACUAUUUCCGGAGUUUCGCUUUACAAAGGAAGAAAAACUCUCGGAAGCAACAAACAAUAUCCUAUUAUAUACAUGGGAAGCAAUUCCACGAGCCCGGAUCCAAGCUCGCUGUGCUUAGAAGGGACACUAGAUCGCCGCAAAGUCGCCGGUAAAAUCGUUAUCUGCGACCGCGGAAUCAGCCCUCGAGUGCAGAAAGGACAAGUCGUCAAAGACGCCGGUGGCGUCGGCAUGAUCCUGGCCAACACCGCCGCGAACGGCGAGGAGCUCGUGGCGGACUCGCACUUAAUCCCCGCCGUGGCCGUCGGAGAAUCCAAAGCCAAAGAGAUAAAACACUACGCUUUAACAAACCCAAAGACAACGGCAAGCCUGGCAUUCCUAGGAACACGACUAGGAAUCAGGCCGUCGCCGGUCGUGGCGGCGUUUUCAUCCCGAGGGCCUAAUUUCCUGACGCUUGAGAUCCUGAAACCCGACAUGGUCGCUCCAGGAGUGAACAUCCUCGCGGCAUGGACAGGGGAUUUGGGACCAUCGAGCUUGCCAACGGAUAAGAGAAGAGUGAAGUUCAACAUCCUGUCGGGGACUUCCAUGUCGUGCCCUCACGUGAGCGGCAUCGCUGCAUUGCUGAAAGCCAGACACCCCGACUGGAGCCCCGCCGCCAUAAAAUCUGCUCUCAUGACGACAGCUUAUGUCCACGACAACACUCUAAAUCCUCUGAAAGACGCUUCAACCGCUGUCCCCUCUAACCCCUACGACCACGGCGCUGGCCAUGUCAACCCGAGAAAGGCUCUCGACCCUGGCUUAGUCUACGAUAUUCGGCCGCAGGACUAUUACGAGUUCCUUUGUACGCAGAGUUUGACUCCGACCCAGCUCAAGGUUUUCUCCAAAUACGCUAACAGGACUUGCAAACACUCUCUUGCUGGUCCCGGGGAGUUGAAUUAUCCGGCUAUUUCUGUUGUUUUCCCUGAGAAAGCGUCGGUUUCUGUUAUCAGUGUUCGUAGGACCGUUACUAAUGUGGGCCCUCCCGUUUCGAACUACCAUGUUUCGGUCUCGCCGUUUAGGGGUGCCUCUGUUAAGGUCGAGCCGAAGAGCCUGAGUUUCAACAAGGCGGGUCAGAAGUUGUCUUAUAAGGUGACUUUCACGACUAAGUCACUGCAAACGGCGCCGGAGUUCGGAGAUUUGGUUUGGAAAGAUGGGGUCCACAAGGUCAGAAGUCCAAUUGCCAUUACUAGGUUGCCUCCCAUGUGAGUUGUGAAAUCUGCGGUGGUGUUUUUCUGCUACAAAAUAAAUAAGGAUUUGCCUUUAGAGAGCUCAAGAGGGUCACUCAAAUUUUUUUUUCGCCCUUUCCUUUUAGUUUGGUGAAAUGAUGAUGAACUUAUAUUCCUUUGUUUCUUGCGUGAUGAAAGUGAGAUUGAACCGUCUAGCACUUGAAACAUGACUAGAAAAGUUUAAUCAUCUCUAUGUCAGUGAGCUUGCAUUUUGGUUUUUGUUUUAUGUUGCCUUUUUCCAGAGAAUGUUCAGAUCAACUAAGGAAAAAAAAGAAAAAAAAAAGAUCGAAUCGAUCCAAGAAUUUGCCGUUCUCACGUGGCCAAUUUCGAGAAAUAGUGACUGGAUUUUGUCUUUCUUCUUGGUUCAUUACAAGAAUGCAAAAACUAUUGUGUAGAAGAAU